CAAUUUUAAUUUCCUGAUAAUUAAAAAAGGGGGCUGGUGUAUCGAUAUUACUGAUCUACUAUUUAAGAGUGUGAAGUAUAUAUUUUGAAAAAACACAAAAAAUCCAGAGAGAUAACAGAAAUGAAACGUAUACUUUUUUGUCUUUUCGUAAGUUGUUUCUUAACACUUGUUUAUUUGCACUUCAAAACGAUUGAUUUGGUACAGACUCGGAAAGUGCAAGGAACGGCGAAAAUACGAAACUCCAAAGAAGGUCGUUCGCCAAAAACGGUACAUGCACUUAUCGUCACUUAUGCUCGAAGUGGUUCGUCUUUUACGGGACUUCUACUGAAGAAUCAUCCGAACUCCUUCUACCACUUCGAACCUCUUUACCCCUACAGGUAUGAGCUGAAGACAAUGCGCGGAAUUCCUGAUCAAAGGUUCCUGUAUGAUUUGUUUAAGUGCAAUUUUUCGGGAAGAGGCUCCUAUCUUAGAUCAGUUAAAAAUCACCUAAAACAGAAAUCCUAUCAUUACAACAAACAAUAUCUGAAAACAUGUGCCAGACGAAGGAACAUUAAACCAUGUUUUAAUCCAUUUGUGAUGAGUCGUUUCUGUAGAAACCAGACUUUACACAUCAUUAAGACGAUUCGAUUGUCAUUACAAAAUGGUGUGAAACUGUACGAAAACUACCCAGAUCUUAACCUCAAAAUAAUUCAUCUUGUCCGAGAUCCUCGUGCCGUAAUAAACUCACGUCAACGCGGUAUAACGAAGAGAUGGUGUAAAAAAAACACGAAAUGCUCUUCUGUAAGUAGUUACUGCAGGGAAGUGCGUUAUGACUUGAAUUAUUCUUGUUCUUUGAAAACAAGUGGAGAUCGAGGGAUCUAUUUCCUUUUACGUUACGAAGACUUAAUCGAAAACCCACUAAACAUUACUAAAUCACUAUUUAAGUUUCUUGGUUUCAAAUCGCUUUCUAAAAGCGUCGUUAAGUUUCUUAAACAAAAUGUUCUACCGUUUUCAAUAUCUGGUAGAAUCCAGCACACAAAUUCAAGUUACUACGCAUCACACUGGAAACAACAGCUGUCGUUUUCGGAUAUUAUGUCAAUUCAAGAAAGCUGUUCAGAUGUUCUGACGAAACUGGACUACAGAAUGUACAAAAAACAAUCCGAAAUAGUUUUCAGAGGCUUGGAUGAAUACAAGCAUCUACGUAAAGCUAAUUUCUGUUAAAAAAAAAAAAAAAGAAUGCAUGCCUAUAUAUUCAAAACUCGAACACCACGUAGUUCACUUUCACAAAAUAAAAUUUGCACUUCUGCGAGCAAAAAUGUGCAGGAGAAAUGAUUUUCUGCUUACGCAUCUCUAGGAAUAAUGCCCAGCAAAAAAGUAAAGGUGCUACGAUGUUUACUUAAUGAAACAAAAUUAAAAUCAGGUUGUUGCUGGUUGUUACUUAUAUUAUGCAUCACGUUGAUGCUCCAGGUUAUUAUUAUCCAGUUUUAUUGAUACUUCAUACAGUUUCAACUGAAAGCAUUAUUCGUUUUACGAGUAAACCUAUUUGAUAUAGCGUUAUAAUACCUAUUUCGGCUUUAUAAGCCUAGAUCUUACUACUUUUUAAAGUAAUCAA